AUGGCUUGUAAUGAUCUCUCACCUAAAAGUGAACAAGUAGGUCAAUCUGAUCAAGUCAUUGACGCACAAUCAUCUGAUGCAUCUCCUAAAAAAGGAGGACUUGGUCCUGUCGCUUUGAUCUUCGCUUGUGGUGCAGCUCUUUUCAGUGAUGGUUAUGUCAAUGCAAAUUCCGGGCCAACAGGUGUGAUCUUGAAACAAAUCGAGAAAUACGGAACCAAUCCUGGAUUCUCCUAUUUUAAAACUUUAUACAGUUCUAUGGCUUUUGCAGGUACCGUUCUGGGUAUGCUUUUAUUCGGUGUUCUCAGUGAUCGAAUUGGACGCAAAUUUGGUAUGAUCUUUGCCAGUCUUUGGUUAUCGCUCUGGAGUGUUUUGAUCGCUGGAGCAUACGGGGCAGGCGGAAGUGUGAAAGGCCUAUUUGCCGCCCUUGAAGCAUAUCGAUUUAUCAUGGGGAUCGCAAUAGGCGCAGAAUACCCGGCUGGCAGUGUUGCAUGCUCUGAAAAUACCGAAUCAAAAGAUGUUAAUGGGGGUCGUCAACAAAUGUACUUCAUCAUGGCCACAAAUACCAUGAUCGACUUAGGCUUCGUUGCAGCAAAUCUUGUUGCUUUGAUCAUGUUCCAAAUCUUUGGGAAGAAUCAUUUGGAAUGGGUUUGGAGAAUGACGUUGGGAUUAGGAGCAAUUCCUCCUUUUGUGGUUUUCUUCUUCCGUACAAAAAUGUCUGAAACGAAAGCUUAUAAGCGUGGAGCCAUUAAACGAAAUGUUCCUUGGCUAUUGAUCUUACGUAAAUAUUGGGUUCGUUUAACGGCUGUCUGUCUUGCCUGGUUUAUUUAUGAUUACGUGAGCUAUCCAGCAGGCCUAUACUCGAGUUAUUUCGUCGAUCAAAUUGUUCCCGAUGACACCGAUCUCACAAAAGUAUUGGGAUGGUCCACUUUGAUUAAUGCGUUCUAUCUGCCAGGCACGAUCAUUGGUGCUUUCGUUUCCGAUCGUCUUGGUCCGAAGAAUACCAUGAUUACCGGCUUGAUCUGUCAAUGCGCUAUCGGAUUUGGUCUUGCGGGUGGAUUUGGAAGUUUGAAAAACAAUCUUCCUGGAAUCGUUGUUUUAUACGGUAUCUAUGUGGCUUUCGGUGAAUUUGGUCCAGGUAAUAACUUAGGUUUGUUAGCCAGCAAAGCCGUGGCUCCGUCCGCAGUUCGAGGUACGUUCUACGGUAUUGCCGCUGCUGUUGGAAAGAUUGGCGCAUUUACUGGAUCUUAUGUUUACACACAAAUUCAACAAGAUCUCGCACCGCAAGGCGAGUCGAACAAUUUAUACUAUUCAGGUCCGUUCUACAUUGGGUCGGGGCUAGCAGUCGUUUCUGCUCUUAUCACAUACUUCUUUAUUCCCGCUGUUACAAAGGAUGGCAUGCAAAAGAUUGAUAGAGAAUUCGAAGAGUAUCUAGCUGCAAAUGGUUAUGAUAUGUCAAACAUGGGCUUGUUACAACCUAACGAAGAGGAAGAGACGGAGAUCGAGAAUGCGGACAAGACAUCUGAUUAAUCAGGUUAUGUUAGAUAUAUUUCGCAAUGAGAUUUACGAUGCCAUUUACUCACACGGUAAAUGGCUGUAGCGAAUCUUGUCCUUUUGAUCGAUCUCACGGUAGAGAAGUAGGUAUAUGAAUCAAGCUUCAGCCACUAUUUUUGGAAAGCUUGAAUGCUAUAUGCUAAGUUUAUCUGCUUUUGUUUACAUAAUACUCUCCCCUUAAUGUGCCAUAGUCGUAUCCCGAAAGCUUAGCUUUAAUUCAUUGAGUGUAUAUUGCUAGGAUAAAAUAGCCGAGCAUCGGAAUAAGAGAAAGUGAAAGCC